GCGCUAUACGCACGCGCCGCAUACAAAAGACAUUAAACUUGAACGACGUCUCAGUCUGUGCCGAGGUGACACUGUGAGCGCGUGUGUGAAGUGAUAAACAACGAAAAUGUUUACCGGCAUCUUGUUAUUCUUCAUCUCACUACACUCCAUUUCACAACUGAAUGGUGCCCACGUACAUGGACCCGAUGACAAAAUCUUCUUCCCUGGUCCCAUCAAGGAAGCGGUUCCCCUGAACAGAUAUGGCAGCAGCAACAAUGAAGUCAGCAAGGGCGACGUCCCCGACGAGUGUAAGAACAAAAACUACUGCACCGUCAAGCCCCCAGACUACCCCCAGAAAAAGUUCGACAGCUUGAUCAAGCAUCGACCAUCUCUCGCGAAUAUGAUACGGCAAAAGAGAAGCGCCGAAGAAGUUUCAACCACGACAGGUUCCACCAUUCCAUUAAACACACCAGUGUUAGACGGUUUAGAAGACAAACAAGGUGAUCCUGAUGAAGUUGAUAACUGCGAAACUAUAAUUGAGUUCGAGCCUCUCUACAAAGUGAAGUCCGAAACAGGUGGAUGGCGCACCGUGGUACAGUCUCCUGAGAAGAACUUCGUACAGUUAGUCCGACUGGAAACUUGCAAAGCUGCAAGCUCACCUUGCUUCACGGUCUUCCCGAAGCUGCCCACAUAUACCACAUUCUGCAAGCAGAAGUACACCACCUGGCACUUCGUGGUCGACGUGGAAUCCGGCGAAGCGAAUAAGACCGAGACCAUUCCUGUGGACCUGCCCACUUGCUGCUCUUGCUUCUACAGAUCUGUUUAAAAAAAUACGUUCCAUAUUCGAAUAAAGUAAGAUUGACAGAUGUCAAAAUUCAAAUAUUCUAACUGUCCAGCUA